AUGUCCAGCCAAAGAAGUGCUGGUGUGGAGUGUUCCACGACGACAGUCAGUUCUGUAGCUGUGCAGGCUGGGGACUCCAAAAUCGUGAUAGCUGUCAUAAAGUGUGGCAAAUGGGUACAACUUCAAUUGGCUGAAUCACAGCCCAAUCUUCUAGAAAUUGGUAGCAGUCAAGAUGAAACCAAGAAACUUCUUCAUGACCAUGAGCUUCUUUUGGCCAAACUCAAGGCUUUGGAAGAUCGGGUAUGGGAACUCUUGCGGGAAGCAGACAAGACAGCUGAAGAGAACAAGGAUCAGAGUCAGGUCUAUGACGCCAUGGCGAAGACGUUGGGUGAAGCGUGGGCAGCCCUGGUCUCCAUGCUUGAAAGAAGAAGGGAACUCCUCAAGUUGACCUCUGAAUUUUUUGAAAAUGCCUUAGAGUUUGCUAUUAAAAUUGACCAAGCUGAAGAUUUUCUCCAGAAUACUCAUGAGUUUGAGAGUGCCGAGUCUUUAAAAUCACUUCUUCAGCUUCAUGAACAUCAUACUAAAGAACUCUUAGAAAGAUCUCUAGCCCUAUUAAACAAAAGUCAACAACUCACUGACUUCAUUGAAAAAUUCAAGCGUGAUGGACCUAAUGUGAAUCCUGAGUUGAUUCAGGGAGCUCAUCACAGCUGUCUGAAGAUUGACAGCCUUCUUGAACUUCUACAAGACAGGAGAAGGCAACUAGACAAGUACCUGAGGCAACAGUGGCAAGAAUUGAGUCAGGUUCUGCAGAUAUGUCAGUGGGACCAACAAGAAAACCAGGUUACUUGCUGGUUUCAGAAAACUAUAAGAGAUUUACAGGAACAAAGUCUAGGUUCAUCACUUUCAGACAAUGAGGACCUAAUUCGUAAGCAUGAAGAACUGAUAAUAAAAGCAAAGGAAUGGAAUUCUGCCAUUGAGAAGCUGAAGAGGGAGGCACUGGGAAUUCUGCUGUCCAGGGACUAUGUGGAGAAAGAACAUCUACAGCUCUCUAAUCAGAAACUGAAUCGGCUUCAAGAAGAAUUCGGCCAACUCAUGGUGGAGAGGAAUACCUGGUUAAAAAAGGCAAAUGAUUUUUUUAACAGUGCCAACAAGGCAUUUGAUGUACUUGGAAGAGUUGAAGCUUACCUUAAGCUCCUUAAAUCAGAGGGUUUAAGUCUUCCUGUCUUGGCAGCGAGGCAUGAGAAAUUACACAGUGAAAUUAAAGACUGCACAGCUGAUGCUUUGCAAAAGGGACAAACCUUAAUCAGCCAAGUAGACUCCUGCAGCUCUCAGGUGACGGGUAUCCAGGAGAUGAUGGGGUGCAUUAGGAGACGAGUGGAUCAUCUGACUGAACAGUGUUCUGCACACAAGGAAUUUGCUCUUAAGAAGCAACAAUUAACAGCCUCAGUGGAGGGCUACCUAAGGAAGGUAGAAAUGUCAAUUCAGAAAAUAAGUCCAGUACUUUCUAAUGCAAUGGAUAUUGGUUCCAGUCUUUCUGAAUCAGAGAAGAUUUUGAAUAAAUAUCUUGAGCUAGACAUCCAAGCUAAGGAGACAUCACAUGAAUUAGAAGCAGCUGCAAAAAUCAUCAUGGAGAAAAAUGAAUUUGAACCUGAUGAAGUGGCAUCACUUUCUUCUAAAGUUAAAUGGCUAGAGGAAGAAUUAAACAUACUUGGCCAGGGCAUCAACUCCAGGUCACAAGUCUUGCAAGCUUAUGUGGCAUUUCUAAAGUCAUCAGAGGAGGCAGAAGCACAGUAUCAGAGCCUAAAGAAGUUUUAUCAUACUGAAAUCCCUUGGAAGAAAGAGGAUGAUGCUAAAGCCACUUAUUGUUCUGACUUGACUGAGAGGCAGCAGCAGCUAUUUUUAAAGAAGAGUUUUUUAACCUACGACCUAGGACUUGAGUUCCUUAAUUUAAUAAAUAUGGCAAAAGAGAAUGACAUAUUAAAUGAGAAGAAUGAAGUGAACAUGAUGAAGAACACUAUGGAAGACUGGAAGGCAGUAAGGGAAGAGCUUAGCCUCCUUUGGGUGGCAUGGCGACUUAAAGCCACUGAAAGCAAGCCCGUGAAACAGCGGUGGGGAGCGUUCACAGAGCAGCUAAAAAAGACUACUCACAACUUAAAACUUCUUCAGGAAGUACUUAUGCCUGUGUCUGCACUUGACCUUGGAGGAAACCUCCAGACCAUUUUAGAUCUACGAAAAAAGUGGAAUGAAAUGAAACCUCAGUUCCAGCAACUGAAUGAUGAGGUUCAGUUCAUUAUGAAAGAAUCAGAAGAGUUAAGUGGCAAAGGAGCCCCUGUGAAAGAGAAGUCUCAACAACUGAAGGACCUUACUCACCUCCAUCAAAAACAGAAAGAGAGAAUCCAAGAUUACGAGGAUAUCCUGUACAAGGUAGUCAAGUUCCACCAAGUCAAGGAAGAGGUGGAACAUCUCAUCAAAUCAAGAGAACUGGAGUUGCUAGAGCAACUGGAUGAUGCUCGUGAUGCCCAGACUUGCCUCAGACGCUCUCGGGAAAAGCAGGCUCAUGUAGACCAUCUCUGUAAGCUGGCUCUUUCAUUAGGAAUGGAGAUCAUCUCAUCGGUGCAGCGGCCAAACUGCGCUAAUGUUUCUGCAAAGAACCUACAGCUGCAGCUGGAGAUUCUUGAGGAGGACAGCAGGCACUGGCGUGCCAAGGCUGAGGAGUACGAAAGGACCCUGUCCCGCAGCUUGGAGCACUGCACCGUGAGAGAUGAGAUCAACGAGCUUAAAGAGUCGUUCAAAGAUAUCAAAAAGAAAUUCAACAAUUUGAAGUUUAAUUACACCAAGAGAAAUGAAAAAACUCGGAAUCUGAAGGCUCUUAGGUAUCAAAUACAACAAGUUGAUAUGUAUGCUGAAAAAAUGCAGGCUUUGAAAAGGAAAAUGGAAAAAGUUGAUAAUAAAACUUCUGAUUCUUUCUUAAAUUAUCCAAGUAAUAAAGUUAAUGUCCUCUUGGAAGCCAUAGAAGAGUUGCAAAAACAAGUGGAUGACUUUGACAAAGUGGUGACAGAGUAUAAGAAGAAUUUGGAUCUGACUGAGCAACUCCAGGAGGUGAUAGAAGAGUGUCACUUUUGGUAUGAAGAUGCAAGUGCCACCAUUGUAAGAGUUGGAAAAUAUUCCACGGAGUGCAAGACAAAGGAAGCUGUGAACAUUCUUCACCAGCAGUUCAAUAAGUUCCUCGUGCCCUCAGUGCCUCAGCAAGAAGAAAGAAUUCAGGAGGCCACUGACCUUGCUCAGUGUUUAUAUGGUUUGGAAGAAGGGCAGAAAUAUGUUGAGAAAAUCGUGGCAAAACACAAAGAGGUUCUUGAAUCUAUUACUGAAUUAUGUGGGUCUCUCACAGAACUUGAAGAAAAACUGAAGCAGGGCAACGUCUUAAAGCUGAAUCUGAAUUUGGAGGACUUCCAUGGUGAUUGCAUUGACCUACAAAAGGAACCAGUAAGAAAUAAGCAGACAAUAUUCAAUGAAGAAAGGAAUGAGGGACAGGCCCAGGUGGCAAACAUUUUGGCCAUCAAUGGAACGGGGGAAGAUGGGCUUCCACGGGACCUGAAGCUGUCCACUGAGAAGGAGGGCGGUGUCCAGGGCCUGCUCCUGCCUGAAGACAUGCUGUCAGGAGAAGAAUAUGAGUGUGCUUCACCUGAUGACAUCUCCUUGCCUCCACUCCCAGGAAGCCCUGAGUCCCCUCUUGUACCAUCUGACAUGGAGGUGGAAGAGCCUUCCAGCUCCCCCCUCAACCUUCACAUAAGGAGCCACGGGGUGCAGGCCAGGACCAGCAGUCCAGGGGAGGCCCAGGAAUCUGUUCUUCCACCACCUGUGGCUUUUGCUGAUGCAUGCAAUGAUAAGAGAGAAACAUUUUCAAGCCAUUUUGAGAAGGCUUACUCCCAACUCAAAGCUGUGCCCCCCUUGACCUCCAGAGGAUUUCUGGAAAAGAGUACUGCCUUGCAAAGAAUCAGUGCUAACCAUCCAGAAAGCAUGCUGAGUGAGGUGCAUGAGCAAGCUUCCCAGCAGCACCCCCAGGCACAGGGUGUCUUGCUACAAACACUGGAGAAAGUGCAUGCUGAUGAUAACUUCACUAAAACCCGAGGUAGGCCGCAUGCUUCCCCUGAUGCAUUCUCCGGCCUCGAAUUUCAACCAGGUACCAGCCGGGGCUGUCAGAAGCAAAUAAGAGAAGAGAUUAAAAGCCCAUCAGCAAAGAACAGCGUGGUCAGCCUAGCUGACCAGGCACCUAAUUUCUCCAGGCUCCUGUCUAAUGUAACUGUCGUGGAAGGUUCUCCAGUGACUUUGGAAGUUGAAGUAACAGGAUUUCCAGAACCUACACUGACAUGGUACAAGAAGGGCCAGAGAUUGUCUGCAGAUGGGCACUUACAGGUUUCCCACAAGGAGACAAAGCAUUUGGUGUUCAUUCCAAAGGUAUGUGAGGCAGAUGCAGGCCUCUAUGUGGCUCGGGCCCAAAACUCUAGUGGCACCCUCUCUUCCAAGAUCAUUCUCCACGUAACAGGUAAUCGCAGGCCGCCGCCAAUCAGAAGAAUAAACUGGAUAACGCUAUGUGUCGUCUAUGUCAGCGUGUCCCUACUGUACUGGCUACUCACACAAUAGCUGUGUGUUGGCACCGAUGGACAUCAUUCUCCUGCACCGACAAGACAAUGCAGUUGUUGAUCUUCCUGCACCUCCCACAAAGUAUCUCCCAC